AUUACCAUUCGAAUGGAGGCAUUUGCUGCUUUAAACCUACUGACGUUCCGUUAUCGGUCGUUAAUGUAGUUCGAGUUCCAUAUUGAUCGUUUGUGUUGCGAAGCGAUCAUGCCAAAAUCCGGUGAUGAACCGUUUGAGUUAAGGAAGCAACGCUCUCGCUUCCUUUCCUGGGUGGAGAUUCCAUUGGGAUAUUUUACUGAACACUCUAUGGCCGGAGCUGAUCCAAAAUGGCAAAAAGAUGCGGCCGACCAAAACUUCGACUACAUGUUCAAAUUGCUGAUUAUCGGCAACAGUUCUGUAGGAAAAACGUCGUUUCUGUUCCGUUAUGCGGACGACAGUUUCACGUCGGCUUUUGUCAGCACUGUGGGCAUCGACUUUAAAGUGAAAACCGUCUUUCGGCACGACAAAAGAGUCAAAUUGCAAAUAUGGGACACAGCCGGACAAGAACGGUACAGGACAAUAACUACAGCGUACUACCGAGGAGCGAUGGGCUUUAUCCUCAUGUACGAUAUAACAAACGAAGAAUCAUUUAACAGCGUACAAGACUGGGUGACCCAAAUUAAAACGUAUUCAUGGGACAAUGCGCAGGUGAUUUUGGUGGGAAACAAGUGCGACAUGGAGGACGACCGAGUGAUCAGCUUUGAAAGAGGCAAGCAAUUGGCCGAACAGCUUGGAGUGGAGUUUUUUGAGACUAGCGCGAAAGAGAACAUCAAUGUGAAGGCCGUUUUCGAGCGCCUGGUAGACAUCAUUUGCGACAAGAUGUCCGAUAGUCUGGACACCGACCCCACUCUAAUGUCCGGGUCUGGUAAGGGACAGCGACUGACUGACGCUCCUCAGGGCCCUCAAACCGGCAACUGCAACUGUUAAUACUGUUUUUUUGGAGUGUUGGAGUUUAGUGUUCUGCCGAGCGAUUGCUGAACACUGCGAGCGUGUACAACUAGAAUUGGGGGAAAGAGUAAAACCAGUUUUCUUUUCAGCUUUAGUGCAGUUUUAGCAAUACUGUUGUUGGAUCAUUUGACCAAAACACCCAGUUCAAUUCUGACCUAUUGAGACUGACUCUAAGGCUCUUUGAUCGUUAACGAUUAUCCAACGAAACCAGUUUGAUCCCAAAAAGGUUUUUUCCCAGUUUGGACAUGCACGCAUUUAUUUGUUACCCAUAGGAGUUCAAUAAAGUGACUAACUAUAACAGAAAUCGCGUCAAUAUUAAUUAAUGUACUUUCCUACCUAAUAGCCUGUACAUUUCGUAACACAAGCCAGAAAAGACGCCGUUUGAGAACUAGAAUUUGUAACCGCAACCUCUAAACUAACAAAAGUAGCCCGUAGUGCGUUAGUCUAAUUUUUGUAUGCUUCAGCAGCUUUUUUCAUGAACUGUUUAGCAGUUUAUGAAAAAUCGAAAGACCGACGUAGAUCAAUCAUUGUUAAACUGUUUCUUGUUGGCUCACUUUGAUUGAUUCAGUUCGACAUGUAAAAUCAAUUUUUCAAUCUGUGUUAUAACAUAUCUCUAGGCCUAGCCGGCAACCAUGCAUUGUUUGAAAACUAUUGGAUAUCUAUAUAAGCUUAGUGUAUCUAUAUGUAAAUGUUUGUUUAGGGUUUGUUUAGGGCAAAGUGCGGGCAGUGCAAAUGUUCGCACUUUGCGCUCCGCUCUGCAAGUUAUGUGCAUUUUGUGUAAUUAUUUAGACGAGUCAAAUAAAUGUGAAAUGUAAAUAGGAUUUAUAGAUAGGAAUGUUAAAUAGUAUUAGGGAUAAACCUGAUUCAAUAA